UGGAUCACUUUAUUCAUUUCUCUCAUGCAUGUAUGCUGUAACCAUGUCUUAAACAUUAAUGUGGUGGACCAAACCCAUUUUUGUUGAAUAUGUCAAAAAUAGCUCUAUUAUUGUUUUUUCAGGUAUGAAUUACAUGCAUCACUUAAAAGACCUAUGUUUUCCAAUUCAAAACAGCUAAAUUUCACACAAAAAAGUCAAGUUUGCAUUACUGCAACUACUUAACAUUUCUAUUUAAAACACAUACUGCUACUUACAUCUUACCUUGCUCUCAUUUUCACUGGAAUCCAUGUCUUUGAUUUGAUUGACUAUCUCAAUCAUUUUGACGUUUUUAAGGAAGACCACUCUUUAAAAUUUACUUUAAAAACCUUUUGUCAUCCUACAAACAAAGUGGUGUAAUGCAGCAGAGCAGAAACAAGAAUAUAAAAUAUUGGGGUGGAAAAUUUGGUCAUUGGAUUAUUGAACGGACUUGUCCAUGGUGGUUAUCUUUUCAAUACAUUGAAGACUGUAUGUACUUUCCUCUCAGGAUACAUACAGUACCAACAGAUUCUGUUACUUUGUUUAAGGGCUUUGUGAAAGUUUCAUCAUGCUCACAACAUGUCUUGACAGAUCCGCCACGAACAUGAGCUCAGGAUUUUAGGAACGGCACUGGAAGUGGAGCAUUUGUCAGAGGCUGAUUGAGAAGCAUAUGUCGGAAUGUGGGCGGCCCCAGAAAGGUGUUUUUAGCUCAACGUGACAAAUCGACCUGCAGGUUUCUAGUCAGUUGUGAGAAAAUCAAGGUGCUUUGAAGAGUAUCAAGUGUUCUAAUUGACUACUGAAAGAAACAGAGCACUGGACAAGAUUAUCAAUGAACCUAUAUAGGAAUUUUGGGAACCUCCUGGAGAGUUGGGCGACCGAAGGCCACCAGGAUUUAUACUUACAGCCUGGACCUGAUGUGGAUAGAUUAGAUUCCAUUUCUAGGGACUACGUCCCGCUAUCCAAUAUAAAAUCCGAAUCUGAGGACUCUGGAUUUGAGACAGUUAGUACAACCAGUCCCUGUCAUUCUCACCAGUGUAGUACAUUGAUGUCUGAGGAAUCACAGCCAGUUUUUGGCUCUACAGAGGAUGAGGUUCAACCUUCAUCCCCGUCUCCUUCUAUUUGCUCCUCCUCGUCCUCAAGUGUCGAUCUCAGCUCUGUGGUUCGAAAAACGAAAUGUCUGCUGGUGGAGCAAGCCUUGAGAAGGACAGAAUCGCCCUCAUGGAGAAGACGGCCACAUCAGAUGGAAAGGGGGACCGCUGGGCCAUGGUAUUGCUCUAACACGGCCUCUUUCCCAACCAGACUUCACUCAAACAGCUCCAGGCCACAUCAUCGGUUCGCUUAUCCAAGAAGAACUCAUUCACAACCAUCAGAUCCCAAGAAAGCAGCACUGUACAGAAAACGCCUAAAAUUACACCGACAUGGCCAACCAGUGCACAGAAACGUUUGAGCUUGUGGACAGUGAUCAAUACAGGCUGGACAAGCUGUCUCCAGGGUUGCUGUACCUGGAGCAGGUGUGCAAGAUGCUGGAGAACAUUGCAACGCUACAGAAGCAAAACUACAGCCUGCAGAAAGAGGUGGAGAACCUGAAGAGUCAGCAUGCUGAAAUGGAGUGUUUUCAGUGUGGAAGCUUACAUGAGGAGGAAAUAAGCUAUCCUACCGAGCAAGGUUUACAGAUUCUGGGUCAUAAAGAUCCAGCCAGUGAAUCGACUCACCCCCAAGAACCCAUUGUGUCUCUUCAAAGUUCAGUCUCUGGCACUCAGGCAGCUGCAGACCGUCACAGAAGAGCAGGGUUUGUUCAAGAUGAACCUAUUGCAGGAGUCUUAGUCGAGGAACCUGAUGGUAAAGAUCCUCCACCAGCAAAGGAGCACAAAAAGCGGAGUAGAAUCCAAAAACUUAAAUUCACAUCCUUUAGAAGGCAGGAAACGCAACAGUCUGACAGAGAAAGCAAAAGCUUUCAGCCUGAGAGGAAAACAAGAACACCAAGCUUUUUCAGUAGGAACAGAAGUAUAACGACCCGUCUCUAACAUUAAUGCCACAUUGAUGCCUUGUAAUGGUGGCAUAUGCACACCUCCCAUUUACCUUGGUAUUAUAGCACUUUUGUAUGUAUAGCUUGUUUAAUCAAGUAUUUAAGGCUCACUUAAAUAAAGUACUGAGUAGUACUAAUAGUCUUUAUGUACUUAAUGGAUACUUUGUUUUGGGCAGUGAACUUUAUGCACUGUAUUUGUUAAUAUUGUAUUGUAUUUGCAAUGUAAAUUACUGUCAGUGUCAAGUUUUCAUUACCAGAUCCAUUCAUUGUAUGAUAGUUAUUUUCUCUUUUAUCAUGAUCUCUGUCUGUAAACCUUUGCUGCUAAAAGAAUUCCUUAUUUUGUAAUAGUUAGGUGAUUUCAUAACAAAUUGUUUAAUAUAAUAAAAUAUAUAUACACCAC